UUGUAAUAUUAUUUGUAUUAUUAAGUAAUAAAGAAAUAACCGAUUGGAAAUGGAAGAAGAUAUUGUGCAAUAUUUAUUGAAGGAUAAUGUCGCCGUAAACACAGGGCCAAAUGCUAAAGAGUUUUUUCUAGAUCAGGCAGAAAAUGAAUUUAAUAAUGGAAAUUUGCUGAAUUCGAUAUUUUAUCAAGUGCGUGCAUUAUAUCAAGCCUCAGAGGAACGCUACUUUCAAAUUGAGGCGAAUCUUAAAUGUGAGGAGGGCGACAACAAACCCACAUUGGUAGAGAAGCUAUGUAGUGAAAUGAAUGAGUGGGAAAAAGAAGAUUUGAAAAGUAAUCCUUUCAUGCAGUAUGUGGUGAGAAAAAUAAGUAACGGAAAGCAAGCCAACCACAAUGAGAAAUCGCAGAACACAACGUGCAAUUUUUUACAAAACAUAAUAGAGCCCUUGAAGGGCGUGCAGAAAAUAGAAGGAAUUUGUCAAGAAUUGCCAAAAGAGUGGACAAUAUUGCAAUUGUGUAAAGGGCCGCGGACGGAGACCACAUAUUCAGUGUAUCCACAAAUUCAUGAAUUGGACGCCAGCAUAUAUUUAACUGUUUUGAGGCAUAUACGUAGCGCUGAAUAUCCCACACCGAUUUGCCUGCGCUUUAGUGGACCAGAGCAAAAGGAGCUUUUUCGUAAAUACGCCAAUAUUGCAAAACAAUUCAGGCAAUGCAUUAAUGUUGAUCCCAAAGAAUACAACACCAAAGAAUCAAAAAAAUUGUACUGGGAUAUGCUGUCAGAAUUGGAUCAGUAUAUUGCACAAGUGCUGAAAGAGUUGAAGAAUUUCUUUUUCCCUUGGAGUUUCCUCUUCACCGGCCAACCGUACAUAAGACCAUCGCCGGAAGCCAACGCGCUAAUGGCUCAGCAAAAGAAAGCAUUCGCCAGUGUCGAUGACUUUUGCAACGAGUACCGUUGGGCGGCGCAAGAACGCGUGCUGCUCUCCUUGACCGCCAUGAAUGUCGAUGCGCUGUCUGAACUGGAAAUUCAUGCAAUUUGCGCUUUGCUCACCAGCAGCGAACGCGAAAAGAGCAACGCUGCUAAAUUAUUACUGAAGUUGCAAAAUGCCCCAGCAGGCGCUGAAGGUAAUGUUGAAGGCGACGGCAAUGGUGCAACAACAGGUCCCUCCACUCAUCACUAUCCGGUCAUAUUAAUUGUGGAUGAGCGUCUUGAUCAUUUCUUUUGGGAGGAAAUAAAUACUCAACAAGAAUUUUGCCGAGUCAACUCUCUACAAUGUCUCUGGCGUCUACAUUGUCUCUAUGGCGAGCGCAUGCAUCGCGGUUAUUUACCCGUCAACAUUGUCGACGGUGCUUGCCUGCUGAAUCCCGAUAACAAUUUGCCAAAAACCGAGACGCGUAUGCGCUCCUUUUUCGAGUAUUGGCUACCACAUUGGCAGCGGAAGGUCGGACAGAAGCCAACACAGGAUGAACUGCUUAAGGACUUCUUUAAGCGCAGCUGUUAUGUGUACGCUGGCCACGGCUCCGGCUUGCAAUACAUCAAUGGCAAAUAUAUCGCCCGUCAACAAAUGGAUUGUGUGGUGUUCCUUUUCGGUUGUGACUCGUCACGUUUGCAUUCAAAUGGCCUCUACAGUGAAUUGGUGGGUUCGCAUUUGUAUUACCACGCUGCCAAGUGCCCCACUUUGGUGGGCACGCUGAUGCCUGGCUUGGACGCCAACAUGGAUGGCGUUGCCACGGAAAUUCUCAGCCGCUGGAUAACGCCCAAAUCGAGCAGCGUCUACGCUUGGCAAUGCAUCGAUCGCUGCAGCUGGCUCAAGGAAGGUGUAAUCAAGCCAUAUAAAUGUGAUCUGCCCACCGUCGCUGACACGCCAAUCUAUCAGCAAGGCAGCCUGUGCGCUAUUUUGGCGCGCAUACAUCAGCGCCGCUACGAAACCCGCCACUACAACACCGUGCCGUACGUGUGUCGUGGCUUGCCAGUCUGGAAUUGCGAUGUUCAACCGUUACCUGACUAGCUGGUUUAUGUAUAUAUGUAAAUUGCGUUUGCUUUGCGCACUCCUUGUCAUAUUUAAGCCGCAUGUUAUGUAUGUAUACGUUUGUAUUUCACAGUUUUAGUAAGUUGUAUGUAAAAUUGUUAGCUUUUUGGCACUAAUUAGGGGAUUUUAGUUAAAGUUGCAUGUGUGUUAAAUUAUUUGGAAGCGCACGCGUUAGUUACUUAAGCCUCUACAUGUUAAUUAGGAAUAGCUUUAGGUGUUUAAAUAUAAUAAAAGAAUUUAAUAUAAGUUUAGAAUA